AUGGCUUCUCUUUUCGCCACAAGCAACCCUUCUUCGCAAUGGAUUGGAUUCCGGGGCACACGCAGCUUGGCUAACUCGUCGCAGCCGCCACCGUACAGCGCUGGUCCAGGCUUUCUCCAAAACGGCGCCACGGGCCUCCCCAAGCCUGGGGCAGCACCUCUCCUGCCGAACCAAGGCCGCGUCAUCCAGUCUGGUCCUAUAAGAGUUCUCUGCAUCGCAGAUGUUCGAGGAAACCUAAGAUCGCUCAACGAACUCGCCAAGCAGGCCCGCGCCGACCACAUCAUCCACACUGGUGAUUUUGGCUUCUACGACGACUCUUCGCUGGACCGAAUCGUAGAGAAGACCCUGAAGCAUGUGGCUCAAUACUCGCCCCUCAUCUCUGAACCUGUCAAGAAGGCCAUUCAACAAGGGGGGAACGGCUCAGUCAAGAGCCGAUUCCACCCCAACGAUCUCCCUCUGUCGGAACUGCCGCUCUUGCUCAGCGGGCAGCUGAAGCUCGACGUGCCCGUCUAUACUGUCUGGGGUGCGUGCGAGGACGUGCGGGUGUUGGAGAAGUUUAGAUCCUCCGAGUACAAGGUGCACAAUCUGCACAUCAUCGAUGAAGCUCGCUCCAUGCUCCUCGAGGUUGGCGGCGUCAAGCUCAGGCUGCUUGGCCUUGGUGGCGCCGUGGUCAUGCACAAGCUCUUCGACAAUGGCGAGGGCCGCACCACCAUCGCUGGAGGACAGGGCACCAUGUGGACUACCCUAUUGCAGAUGGGAGAGUUGGUCGACACGGCGCAUCGAGUCUACGACCCCACCGAGACCCGCAUCUUCAUCACGCACGCGUCCCCCGCGCGCGAGGGCAUCUUGAACCAGCUUUCGGUCACACUCAAGGCCGACUUCUCCAUCUCGGCUGGUCUUCACUUCCGAUACGGGAGCUCCUACAACGAGUUCAGCGUUAACCCGACUCUGGACCACUACCGUGGGAAGCUUGCCGCGUCCAAGGCAUCUUUCAACGACGUUUGGGAAACGGUCAAAGGUGAGGUCGAGCCUGCCAUCCAGCAGAACGAGGCCCAGCAGAACCUCCUCAAGAACGCGCUGCAGAUUGUUGAGAAGAUGCCCACCACGGCCGCCGGCGGAAAUCCUUUCGGCGGACCUGUUGCCGGGCAGGCUGCCCUUGGCCAAGUGGACGAGAGUGCUUUCAAGAAUAUGUGGAACUUCAACUUGGCCGAUGCUGCGUUUGGCUACCUUGUUUUGGAGGUCCAGGACGGCCGCAUUGGCACCGAAAUGCGCGCCCAAGGGUUCAACUUCUCGCAUCGCGGAGCAAAGCAGCAACCGGGCGCCAUGGCUGCCCCUCCUUCGGCAUCUACCGGCGGCCAACCCUCUUUGGCGCCGACCUCGACGCCGUCCAACGCUCCGCAGUCCGGUCGACAGCCGUCUUCGUACCAGCCGCCCAAGGCAUCGGCUGCCCCGCCGGCAUCCGGCUCGACGAAGCCGGCUACGCCCAGGCCUAGCCAGGGCCCCGACAACGGCGGCGCCGUCGGCAAAGACCCUGAGAAGACGCCGGCGGCCGCCAACGGAUCCGCCAACGGUCCUGAGCCUUCCGCCUCUCCUGCCCCCAAGUCCAACAACUCCGACGUCAUUGGCUUGUUCGUUAUGAACCUCGGCGGCGGCGAGGACCAGUGCCGGGACAUGUUUGCUGAGGAGGACAGGAGCAAAAUUGUCAAGGUGGAGAAAUGGGGCGUCCAGAACAAAGUUGUACAGUUCAAGACGCCCGAAGACCGAGACGCGGCCUUUGCUCGCCUGCCUGACGAUGUCAAGACGAGAGCCCAGGAAGACCGAUCCAAGCCUCUGGUCAAGGUCUUUCAGCCUCGUGAGGGCAAAUCCUACAACAACCGCGGCGGCGCUGGCAAUUGGGGAGGAAGCGCGCGCGGAGUCAGCUCCGCCAGUGGAUACCGCAGUGCCGGGGGCGCCAGCGAUUCAGAAAGCAACAGGCGCGGCGGUCGGGGCGGACGAGGGGGCCGCGGGGGCGAUAGAGGCCGCGGCGGCCGUGGUCGCGGGGGCACGAAGGGCGAUGCGGGCACGCCUUCACCCGCGCCAGCAUCGUCUACACCCGCUGCGGAAUGA